AUGAAUAUCAGCAUAUUCUUUUUAACGCGGGGUCAGUUAACUGCCGAUGCAUUGCAUAACUUGUUCAGUUCUACCUCUAGUCCCACGCCUUCCAUUCCUAGCCUGUCACAUUCUUGA